AUGAAUGACCAACUAAUUGAAGUUAUAAGACAAUGUGAAUUAAUGUUAACACCACAAGUAUUCACUAAUAACGAAGAAAAGGCCGUAAGUGUUGAAGGAAUGCAAGAUGGGAAUGGCGGAGUGACAGAAGAAACAAGCAACGUGUAUGAAAAUGAAAGACUGCAAAGCAAUAAGGGUAAAAAUAAGGGUAAAGGCAAAGGUAAAGGUAAGGGUAACGGAAAAGUGAAAAGUUCAUCAGCAAGGGGCAAAGGUAAAAAGAGGAAAGCUGAGGAUGUUGAAGAAAAGACGGAAGAUGACAACUGCUGUUCCAUUUGUAAUGGACAAUAUGAUGAAUCGCCAAAAUGGAUUUGUUGCGACGGGUGUGAUAAAUGGUACCAUGGUCAAUGCGUUGGCAUUAACACGCCUGCGGAGUGGGAAAAAUAUGCUGAUGAAUCUGUUAAGUUUAUUUGUCCUUUUUGUUAA